CUUUGGGCAUUCUCCAAUUCUCCAAAUCCAACCCAAAUUUCACACACUUACAGGUAUCUAUCCACAAGCUAUCGCUGGAGAUGUUUGGUUCAGUUGACAUUCUUGGGCAAUCAUAUAGAAGCCCAUUUAUGUCCCAGUCAGUUGCUGGACAGACCCGCAACACUAGUAACGAUCCUUCUGCUCCCCAGAUCUUUGGUAGCACAACCCCAUUUGGUCCACAAACAGGGAGUCCCAUAUUUGGGGUCACUUCGAAUGGUGUGUCUGCUGCAGCCCAAUCUUCUACACCCUUUCCUUCCUCCACGACAUUCGGUGCCUCAUUCUCAACAGAUUUUGGAAAUACAAUGUCUACUUUUGGAGCAUCUUCUACUCCUGCAUUCAGUAGUUCAUCGUCGCCCUCAAUUGUUGGUUUCUGGUUGUUUGUUCCCUUUGGUUCAACAUGCACCCCAGCCUUUGGUUCUGACGGCAUGCCAGCUUUUGGUGCUACAAGCAUCCCAGCCUUUGGUGGUACAAGCCCUUUUGGAAGCACAACUCAACCAUCACAUCCAGCAUUUGGGAGCAGUAUAUUUGGUUCCUCCACGCCAUUUGGUGGAUCAAGUCAGCCACCCUUUGGUGCUACAAGUAGUGCAGCGCGUUUUCCAUUUAGAAGCACAGAAGCUGCCACUGGGGUUUCAAGUUCCCCCGGAAUUGGAACUGGGCUAGGAUUUUAUAUUUCAAGUACCCGAGCUUCUGGUUCGCCUAACUCCACUUUUGGUACUUCAAGCAAUCCUACUUCUGCUGCUUCAAGUACCCCUGGAUUGCCGUGUGGAAGCACAGAAGCUGCCACUGGGGUGUCAAGUUUCCCCUCGGUUGGUUGUGGGCAUGGAUUUUAUGUUUCAAGUACCCCAGCUUCUUGUUCCUCUAGCUCCCUUUUUCGCACUUCAGGCAAUCCUACUUCUGCUGCUUCAAAUACCCCUGGAUUUACGUCUGGAUGCACAACUGCCACUGGGAUUUCAAGUUUCCCCUCGGUUGGAUUUCGGCAUGGACUUUAUGUUUCAAGUACCCCAGUUUCUGGUUCCUCUAGCUCCACUUUUGGUACUUCAAGCAAUCCUACUUCUGCUGUUUCAAUUACCCCUGGAUUUGGAAGCACAACUCAACCAUCACAUCCAACAUUUGGGAGCAGUAUAUUUGGUUCCUCCACGCCAUUUUGUGGAUCAAGUCAGCCACCCUUUGGUGCUACAAGUAGUGCAGCGCUUCGUUCCACAACAAGUUUUCCAUUUAGAAGCACAGAAGCUGCCACUGGGGUUUCAAGUUUCCCCUCGGUUGGAUCUGGGCAUGGAUUUUAUGUUUCAAGUACCCCAGCUUCUUGUUCCUCUUGCUCCCCUUUUCGCACUUCAAGCAAUCCUACUUCUGCUGCUUCAAAUACCCCUGGAUUUACAUGUGGAUGCACAGCUGCCACUGGGGUUUCAAGUUUCCCCUCGGUUGGAUCUGGGCAUGGAUUUUAUGUUUCAAGUUCCCCAGCUUCUGGUUCCUCUAGCUCCACUUUUGGUACUUCAAGCAAUCCUACUUCUGCUGUUUCAAUUACCCCUGGAUUUGGAAGCACAACUCAACCAUCACAUCCAACAUUUGGGAGCAAUAUAUUUGGUUCUUCUACGCCAUUUGGUGGAUCAAGUCAGCCACCCUUUGGUGCUACAAGUAGUGCAGCGCUUCGUUCCACAACAAGUCCUUCGUUUAGAAGCACAGAAGCGGCCACUGGGGUUUCAAGUUCCCCCGUAUUUGGACCUGCGCUAGGAUUUUAUAUUUCAAGUACCCCAGCUUCUGGUUCGUCUAGCUCCACUUUUGGUACUUCAAGCAAUCCUACUUCUGCUGCUUCAAGCACCCCUGGGUUUACGUGUGGAAGCACAGAAGCUGCCACUGGGGUUUCAAGUUUCCCCUUGGUUGGAUCUGGGAAUGGAUUUUAUGUUUCAAGUACUCCAGCUUCUUGUUCCUCUUGCUCCCUUUUACGCACUUCAAGCAAUCCUACUUCUGCUGCUUCAAAUACCCCUGGAUUUACGUGUGGAAGCACAGAAGCUGCCACUGGGAUUUCUAGUUUCCCCUUGGUUUCUGGGCAUGGAUUUUAUGUUUCAAGUACUCCAGCUUCUGGUUCCUCUAGGUCCCCUUUUGGUACUUCAAGCAAUCCUACUUCUGCUGUUUCAAAUACCCCUGGAUUUGGUUAUUUAAGUACUCCAUCUUUCACCUUUUCAUUCCUUCCUUCUUUUGGGAAGUCAACUUCUACAUUUCCUAGCAGCCAAUUUGGUCCUUCAUGUCCUUCUGGAGCGCAGAGUUCUCCAUUUGGAGCUCAAUCAAAAACAUUUGGAAACACUGCCUUCGGGAUAUCAGCUUCUGGGGCCCAACUUUGGGGAAGUAGAGUUCCUCCUUACACAACAACAACUGAACCAGAUGACUAUGUUGGUCUAGAAACUAGGGGAGACCUCCAGUCAAUAUCGGCGAUCCCGAUUUAUAGAGACAAAACUCACGAGGAACUGAGAUGGCAGGAUUAUCAAUUGGGGGAUAGAGGUGGACAUGUUCCUGCUGGAGGGAGUUGUUUUCCCUUGUCGACCUCAAACAUUUUGAAUCCUGCACCAACAUUUGCUCAAACAUCUUCAAGUCUUUUUAAUACCUCAACUCCAUCGAAUAUAUUUGCUCCACAAAUUCCAUCCUUUAGUUUUAGAGGCUCUAGGACCUCAUCUAUACCAAUCACUUCAUCAACUUUUCCUCUCUCAACUUCACCCAAUCUUUUCACAACUUCAUCAUCAUCUCCUUCAGUAUUCAGACAAGCUUCAUCUCCAUCUCUUUUUAGUUCAUCAGACCCAUCUACAUUGGCAUUUCCUGCUCCAGCUCCAAGAACAGAUUUGACAUCUAAUUCUGGCCUGUUCAAUUCUCCAUUUGGAGUUCAAUCAACAACAUGUGGAAACACUGCCUGUGGGAUAUCAGCUUCUGGGGGCCAAUUUGGGGGAAGUAGAGUGGCGCCUUACACUAAAAUAGCUGGACCAGAUGGUGGUUCAUUAAGUGGGUUAUACCAAUCAAUAUGUGGGAUGCGGAUUUAUGGAGACAAAAGUCAUGAGGAACUGAGAUGGCAGGAUUAUCAACUGGGGGAUAGAGGUGGACGGGCUCUUGUUGGUGGGAACUGCUUUGACUUGUCUACCACCCAGUCAAACGUUUUGAAUCCUGCUCCAGCAUUUAUUCAAACUUCUUCGAGUCUUUUGAAUACCUCAACUCUACCUAAUAUAUUUGCUCCACAAAUUCCAGCCUUUACUCCUACAGCCUUUGGAUCCUCAUUUACACCAUUGAUUUCACCCAAUAUUUUUAUACCUUCAGCAUCAUCUUUUUCUGUACCUGGACAAAUUUCAUCUCCGUCUCUUUUUAGUUCAUCAGUCACGCCCACAUCUAUGUUUGCAUUUCCUGCUCCAGCUCCAACAACUUCCCCAUUUAAUUCCAGCCCAAUCAAUCCUGUAGCUUCUAUUGCACAAACAGGUGGUACUGCUGGACUAACUACCACUUCCUCUGGUGGGCUGUUUACAAUUCCCUCUGGUAAUACACAUAUAUCCCAUGAAGAGAGGUUUCCAUUAGAGGAAAAAAGGAGGUUGAGCAUUAUGAUUGCAAGGUCUAAUCGCAAGAAAAAUGGUCAAAACGUGAGAAUGAUGCCCUCUGUCCCCUUCUUCUUCUGUCAUUUCGUGGCCAUAGGCGGUGCACAGGCAAAACUAGUAAAUGCUAUGGACGUCCUACAAGAAGCAUUGCUUUAGGGGUUUUUUUUUUUUGUGUUUGAUCAGAAGCAUUGCUUUAGGGGGUUUUUUUUUUGUGUUUGAUCAGAAGCAUUGCUUUCGGUGUUUAGUUCAAUCGAAUAGGAUUUUUGAUGUAAC